UCUUUUCAUACUCCGCAUGACAACCGGCCAACGCGGCGUAUAUUGACCCACCCCCGCUUUCCUCUUCAGUUUUCACUUCUUGAAACUUCCUUUUCUGACUUGUUGAAAUCCCACUGAAAUUGGUGGAUACCUUCUGCCCGAUUUCUUCUCCCCAUAGUUAUAUUUCCUUUUUAUUUAUCUAUACUCCCGUAUCAAUGCCUGUAUUUAUGUGUGUCCACUGAAGAAUAGGGGUUGGGAUUUAAUUUUUCUUUUGGGGUGUGGGAAUAUUAGGGUUUUUUGUAUUCUUAUUUGUAGGUUCGAUUGGACUGAGAUGUUGAUGGUGGAGACAGACGAGGGAUCGCCGGUGAUAAUGGAUCAGAUAUUCACUUUGGAGGAGGAGUACGAAGAUGUUCUCCUCGACGUUGAAGCUUUUUGGAGAUUCGUUGGGCCGCCACCCGGUUCUGAGGGCAGUAGGGUGGAAGAUACAAAUGGCCUAAAAGAUUCAUCGACCAUACAGGGAGACAGGACUUUUGGGGAUGCAUCCCAUGCUGAGUCUAGUUGUCGCGAAUUUACUGGGUUUCAGAUGUCAGAUCUUUCCCAUGAAUAUAUCAAUCCAUACCUUUUUAGGUCAGAUGACGAACUAUAUUUUCCUGAUAGUUCUCCUGUUACGUCAUUUGGUUACAAUGACGGCAUUAUGGGUGAAGAAAAAAAUCCUACAACAGCCUUUGAAGAUUUGGUCAGAAAUAAAGCCGGACAGAGCAAACCAAAAUGUGAAAUUUCUGGCCCCAGUUGUUGUGAAUUUACUGGGUUUAAUAUGCCAGAUCUUUCCCGUGAAUAUAUCGAUCCAUACCUUUUUAGAUCAGAUGAUGGAAUAUAUUUUCCUCAUAGUUCUGCCGUUAAGUCAUUUGGUUAUGAUGAUGGCAUUAUGGGUGAAGAAAAAAAUCCUACAACACCCUUUGAAGACUUGUUCAGAAAUAAAGCUGGGCAGAGCAAACCCACAUGUGAAAUUUCUGGCGCUAGUCCUAUAGAAAGUGGCGUUGGAACUACCAAAUACAGUUGCAUGCCCGCUGUGGGAAACGAGUUCAAAGAGCCUUCUCCUACUACUUUGCCCAAUGAUUACAGUAAAAUACAAGGUCGCAUCCCGGGCAAGAAGAAUAUUCCAUCAAUUACAUCUAAUGACAUAAUUUCUAGGGCUUCUGAAGUAGUCAAUGGUGUAACUGGUAGGAAAUAUUAUGAUGCUCCCUGUGAGCUGUCUGCUACUGAAGGUAUAAGGUGGCCUUCAUCCAGCUCACUGUCUUUGAUUCCUUGUAAGAACAAUGGGCCCUGUGCGAAGGAUGAAAAAGAAGAGACAGUUUUUGAAUCAAGGAGAACUUUCCAUUCUGUUAGUAUGGCUGGUGAAACACCUGUGCAAAAUUCUACUGUUGUUGCUCAUGAAUUGGACCCUGUUCUACAGUUCCCAGGACAACCUGCGAAAUUGCCACUCCCUCCUGUUAAGGCGGAAAAUGAUUCCCUGAAGUUGAAGAUGGAAAAUGAGGUUCCAGAGAAAAAUUCUUACCCUUCGAAAAUCACUUACCAAGGGGUUCAGAAUAACAUGACUAGGCAAAGUAAUGUUGACUGUGAUUCUGAUGUGUGUAUUCUUGAGGAUAUGAGUGCUCCAGCAUGUCCGAGUCGUACUGCAAUGAAUGCAAAGUCGAUUGUUGCUUCACAAUUUUUUACAUCUAGAGACACAGGUAACCAGAUGGUAGCAGCGCAUUCAAGACAUAAAUCAAAUGAUGAACGGGUCAUCUUUCGAGUUGCUCUACAGGAUCUUUCACAGCCUAAAUCAGAAGCUACUCCACCAGAUGGUGUUUUGUCUGUGCCUCUGCUGAAACACCAGCGAAUAGCUUUAUCCUGGAUGGUUAACAAGGAGACCAGAAGUGCAUGCUGUUCUGGUGGGAUUCUUGCAGAUGAUCAGGGACUUGGGAAGACAAUAUCGACAAUUGCACUUAUACUAAAGGAAAGGUCUCCACCGUCUAAAACACCUAAAACCAAUGAAAAACAAAGUGAAACAGAGACAUUAAAUUUGGAUGAAGAUGAUGACGGAGCAUUAGAGACUUACCACGAAGGAGCUGAACCUUGUCAAGUUAAUGGAAGCCCUACUAAUGGUGGCAAGGCAUCUCUGCAAGCUAAGGGCAGACCUUCUGGUGGUACCCUUAUUGUAUGUCCAACAAGUGUCCUGCGGCAGUGGUCUGAGGAGUUGCACAAUAAAGUGACAAGCGAAGCUGAUCUUUCUGUUCUAGUAUAUUAUGGAAGCAACCGUACCAAGGAUCCGCUUGAGCUGGCUAAAUAUGAUGUGGUGGUUACAACAUAUGCAAUUGUGAGCAUGGAGGUGCCCAAACAGCCUGUUGUUGAUGAAAAUGAUGAUCAGAUAGGGUCUCCACUGAAAGAAUUUUCAUCUUGUAGGAAAAGGAAGCUACUUGAGACUAUGUCUGAUAAAAAAUCCUCUGAGAGUAAGAAGACUAGGAAGGGAAUCAACAAUGAAUUACUUGAAAAUAUGUCUGGUCCUCUCGCCAAAGUUGGAUGGUUUAGAGUUGUAUUGGAUGAGGCUCAGAGUAUUAAGAACCACAGGACUCAAGUAGCUAGGGCUUGCUGGGGUCUUCGUGCUAAACGCAGAUGGUGCUUAUCAGGGACCCCUAUCCAGAAUGCAAUUGAUGAUCUUUAUAGCUACUUCAGAUUUCUCAGACAUGAACCAUAUGCUGUCUUUAGGACAUUCUGUGAGCAACUAAAGGUGCCAAUUCAUAGGAGUCCAAAGAAUGGCUACAAAAAGUUACAAGCAGUGCUGAAGACUAUUAUGCUCCGUCGAACUAAAGGUACUCUUAUUGAUGGAGAGCCAAUUAUCAAUCUCCCACCCAAAACUAUAGAAUUGAAAAAAGUUGAUUUUUCCAAGGAGGAGCGUGAUUUCUACUGCAGACUUGAGGCUGAAUCACGCGCUCAGUUUGCAGAAUAUGCUGCAGCUGGAACUGUCAAACAGAAUUAUGUUAACAUAUUACUAAUGCUUCUGCGGCUUCGACAAGCUUGUGAUCACCCUCUUCUUGUAAAGGGGUUCAGUUCUAACUCAAAAAUGACUUCCUCCAUUGAGAUGGCAAAGAAACUUUCUCGGGAGAAACAAAUUUCCCUUCUGAAUUGUUUGGAAGCCUCUUUGGCAAUUUGUGGGAUUUGCAGUGAUCCACCUGAAGAUGCUGUUGUAACUGUCUGUGGACAUGUCUUUUGCAAUCAGUGCAUAUGUGAGCAUAUAAUAGGUGAUGACACCCAAUGUCCCACGAAGAAAUGCAAAACCAGUCUUACGAUAUCAUCUGUAUUUUCUACAUCUACACUACGUAUUGCUCUUUCUGAUAAGCUGAAUGUGGCAAAUGCCGCAAAUUCUGAAGUCGCUGAAGUUUCUGAGCCUGGUUCGUUAAGAUGUCCUGAAGAUUCUUCCAAAAUUAAGGCUGCUUUGGAUCUCUUGUUGUCUCUGUCCAAACCACAGGAUUUUGCCCCGAGAAAAAAUGGCUCAGAGCUCAUUCAUGGAGGUUGUUCUGAGAAGUUGUGCAUUUGUGAUUCUGCGGAAGAUAGCAGAACUUUGGACAGGAUUAGAGAUUCAAACAAUUUGGUUAAGGUCAUGGGAGAGAAAGCAAUUGUGUUCUCCCAGUGGACUGGGAUGUUAGAUUUGCUUGAGGCUUGUUUAAAAAAGUCUUCUAUUCAGUAUCGUAGACUUGAUGGUACAAUGCCUGUUGCUGCCAGAGACAGAGCUGUCAAAGAUUUUAAUUCUCUUCCUCAGGUUUCUGUUAUGAUUAUGUCUCUGAAAGCUGCAAGUCUCGGACUGAACAUGGUGGCCGCUUGUAAUGUCAUCCUCUUGGACCUAUGGUGGAACCCUACUACUGAAGAUCAAGCUAUUGAUAGAGCACAUCGCAUAGGGCAGAAACGCCCUGUUUCCGUUUUCCGACUGACUGUGAAGGAUACAGUGGAAGAUCGCAUUUUGCUCCUGCAGCAACGAAAGAGAAAGAUGGUUUCAUCUGCCUUUGGGGAGGACGAGACAGGUAGCCGACAGACGCGGCUUACAGUGGAAGAUUUGAAAUAUCUUUUCAGGGUUGAUUAGGACCUUCCCAAGUAUUCGGUUGUCUGAUUCUUUCCAUAUUCUUUAUUGCCUAACAGCUUCAUCCAUAUUUUUGCAUGGAACACCAGAGCAGAUACUUUUGGAUAUCAGAAACUGACAAGCUUUAGCACAUAGCAUGAUAUACAGUUAUACUCCUCAUUGAUUGUUCUCAAAGAUUUUCCCCAGCAAAGAUUCCCAGGACCGGUUCUUGGACAUGAUUUUCUUUCUUACACCAUGUAUAGCAGCAGUUAAAAGAGGUCGGUCGUACAGCAGAUAUAGGAAUCUUGAGGGAUUGCUAGAAAUUCUUGUCUUCCAUUGUAAAUGUCCCUUCCUCCUGUUUUCAUCAUAUUUUGGACAAUGCCCACCUUUCCAAUUUUUUUUAUAAUUAUAUAUAAUUUUAAUUUUUUUCGUAUAUAUAUGA